CAGCCUCUGCGUUUAUGCCAACCCUCGUCUCUGAGUCACCUGCAUUGACCAAAAUGUUGAAGCCUCUACCUGCACUUUUUUUUGUCUCUUUUCUCUUGACCUCAUCUUCACCUGCUGCAGGUUCUCAGAUCAGAUUGGUUGGAUCUGGAUCUACUCAAUGUUCUGGAAGAGUUGAAAUCUAUCACAAUAACGACUGGGGGACAGUUUGUGAUGACAGCUGGGACGUAAAUGAUGCUAAGGUGGUGUGCAGACAGUUGGGCUGUGGUACAGCAGCUGAGCUUGCCUACUUUGGUGGAGCAACCGGGAAGAUCUGGCUUGAUAAUGUGAACUGUUCAGGAAAUGAAGGGACUCUAAGUGAGUGUGAGCACAGAGGAUUUGGGAUACAUGACUGUGAACAUAAUGAGGACGCUGGUGUCAUCUGUUCAGCGAACCUCCCAAAGCCCAGCAUCUCCAUGAACCCUGUUGGUGAGGUUACCUGGGGUCAGGACAUUGGUAUCACCUGUACAAUCAAAACUCAGCAUUUAGGUGGAACAUUCACUCUACAGCAGACGUCAGGCUCAUUCAAAAAGGCCGAAACGUCAAGCACCAGCUCUACCACCUUCAGCAUUCGUCAAGUGAACUUUGAUCAUGAGGGACCGUACCAGUGUCUGUAUCAGAUAAGCAUUUCAAGUCGAAACUUGAGCUCUCCUCUAAGUGACUCUGUCAGACUCUCUGUCACUGUGACCCUCCCAAAGCCCAGCAUCUCCAUGAACCCUGUUGGUGAGGUUACCUGGGGUCAGGACAUUGGUAUCACCUGUACAAUCAAAACUCAGCAUUUAGGUGGAACAUUCACUCUACAGCAGACGUCAGGCUCACUCAGAAAGACCAAAACGUCCAGCACCAGCUCUACCACCUUUAGCAUCCGUCAAGUGAACUUUGAUCAUGAGGGACCGUACCAGUGUCAGUAUCAGAUAAGAGGUUCAAGUCGAGACUUCAGCUCUCCUCUAAGUGACUCUGUCAGACUCUCUGUCACUGUGACCCUCCCAAAGCCCAGCAUCUCCAUGAACCCUGUUGGUGAGGUUACCUGGGGUCAGAAUAUCGGUAUCACCUGUAAAAUCAAAACUCAGCAUUUAGGUGGAACAUUCACUCUACAGCAGACGUCAGGCUCACUCAGAAAGACCGAAACAUCAACCACCGACUCUACCACCUUCAGCAUCCCUCAAGUGAACUUUGAUCAUGAGGGACCGUACCAGUGUCAAUAUCAGAUAAGAGGUUCAAGUCGAGACUUCAGCUCUCCUCUAAGUGACUCUGUCAAGCUUUCAGUUACUGUGCCCCUGCAGCAGCCCAACAUCUCCCUGACAUCUCCUGAUGGAGGGUUGGUCUGGAGUCCUGAAGCCACAGAGGUCACAAGGGGUUACAGCUUCUUCAUCACCUGCUCAGUUUCCUCCAACUAUCCUUGGGGUGAUUUCUCUCUCAUCUUCUCUGGUUCCAAGACCGCUGUCACUAAGCCUGCAAUCAACCACUCAACUACCUUUGAGUUCCCUGCAGCUGACUAUGAACACCAGGGCAAUUACAGCUGUGUGUAUGAAGUCACACUGUCAUCAAGGAAAUUCAUUUCUACGAAGACAACAUCAAUUACUGUCAUCAUUAAGUUGUCGCUGUCACUGCCGGUCUCCUUACUGGCUGCUGGGAGCCUUGUGCUCCUGGUCUUGGUGGUGAUCUAUCUGGUCUGCAAGAGAAGACGACAAUCUCAAUUGGCUGUCAGGAAUCAUUAUGUAGACUCCGACAAUGAGGAGGAGGAGGAACAGCAUUAUAUGAACUUUGAACCAUUGAAGAAGAGGCAGGAGAAGCAAACAUGUGGGAUGGUGGACAGUGACGAAGAUCAUGAUAAAGAAGAGAGCGAUGAAGAUCCUGUCUAUGAGAACGCUGAAGGCCAUUGUUAUGUAGGAAACCAGGAGACCUAUUUUUCUGUAGAGGACAACAGAGAGGAAGCGGUGUAUGAAGACAGUGUUGCUUAUGAUGACGCCUAUGUAAGUCUACGCCAGUCCUUUGCUGAAGAUGCUCUGGACAUUUAUGGAGUAGAAGAAGAUAUUUAUCAAGAUGUUCAGCUUUCUGCUGAUGACCAUUUUAACAACAGUACAUGAUUCACUGCAAACAUUUUAAUCAUAUGUGUUUUCUUUAAUUACAAACACAAAACAUACUGUUUGACGGGUUUCAAAUCUAUAUAAUGUGCUAAUUCUAAGCAGGUUUCACAGUGAAAAGUGUCACUCAUAGCAGACAGCAUGCCUAACAAAUUUGGUUGAUUUUUGCUAUUGAUGGACACUAUUGUGGGUGGUGGUGGGACAGCUCCAGAAAGAUCUUGGAAAAUGAAAAACAUUUAAUCUAAUCUAAUGUUGUACACAUUAAUAAUUUCCUAUUAGUAUAAAUCUAUUAGCAAUAUAAAACAUAUGUUAAUUAUUUAAGAUUAAUUAUAAUAAACACAAAAAACACUGGUAAUGCCAACUUUCUCCGAAUUUAAAAAUGUAAGUAUUUCCCAGGUGGUAUAAAUUGGGAGAUAUCAAUUCAUUUUUAUAGCAGCAUUUUAUUAGUUGCCUUGUGUUUUUUAUAAUGUAUCUCAUUGCUCUUCCUAUUUUUUAUUGCAUUUUAUCUUUGACAUUGUUUUUAAGACACUUGCAAUGUAUAUAUAUAUAUAUAGCACUUUUGUAAAGGGUUUUUAAAGUAUGCCACUGUAAAAAGGCACGUUUUGGGCCAAGACCACACAAGCUCGUGUGCUGCCUGCAUGCAUUUCCUGUUUAUAGAUCAGGGAUCUCUUUAUGGUGACUGGUUGUUUAUAUAUACAGUAAACAGUAUUUGUUGUAUGACGAUCCUGAUGGACGCCACUUGCCGAAAUGCAUUGAUCUGACAAUAAAGCUGUA